CUAGCCUACACUUUAAACAUCCGGGUUGACUCGCACAAACAGAAGACAUGCUCAAACAUCGGUUGUGUUUAAAACAAUCUCACAUCUUCUUGGUUCGAAUCUAAUUUCUCGUGCCAUCUCAAGGAUUCGUAGCUUUAACUUAAACCUUUAUUUUCUACACGCAUGAAGGUACGUCUGUUUUCUAUAAAAUGUGACAAUUGCAAGUAGUGACAUUUAGAUUUUUUUCAACAAACGGCCCCGGAACAGGUGCUGGUUCGCAAAAAUGUCCACCUGGUCUGAGAAUAAGUUUUUUUUAAUUUCUUUUAUCACUCGAAGCGCCCUAUUCAUUUAGCGUAUUGGAUCGUGAUAACAAAGAGCAGAAUUAUUGAUAUGGCAACUAAUUUAAAAGGACAUGGCUAGUGGAUAUUAAGGAGUAGAGACGGUUCGAAGUUUAACUUAAAAAAUCAAUAGACUUGAGAAGCCGAGUUAUUUCAAGUCGUGAGGUGUAAUAAAUAAGAUAAAGACUUUGGAUACAAAUUUCGCAACACGAAGUAUGUCCUUGACCUUGUCCUUGCAAAAGAGUGACGACUAUAAAGAGGAAGUUACUUUAAAGUAGGCCUGCACAACAUACGGCCCGCCAGCACCCAAUUUGCGGCCCGCGAAGUAACGAAAUAUUCUUUAUUCUUAUUUUUUUCUUAAUAGCUUUCCCCCGUCCUAUUUUCUUUUGGCCCGCACAGGUUUUUCUUAAAUUAUUACGGCCGCCUUACAUUUUGAGUUGUGCAGGCCUGCUUUAAAGUAUUGUCGAAAUGAGAAAGAAUCAAAACAUCAGUUUUAAUUUAGCGAAACUUCACUCCCUCACCUUUGUUGAAUGAUAAAUGGCUGACAUUGCUGUAAGACACCCUUGUUUCGCCUUCUCCGAAAACUUGAUAUUUCUCUUCAAAGGUAAACUUGAGCAAAUAUUUGAACACUGAGAGAUGAGACACAUUGUCUGAUAAUUUCAACCAAAAAAAAAAACGUGUUUCUUAUGCUAGACAUAUAUAAGCUGACAAUAAUAUGAAUUUUUUAAAGUGUAUUAGUGAGGUUUCUCUGAUGAAAUGCGCUUGAGACUUUCAUUAUGGCACUGAGAAUCGACGCAAAAAUUAACGUCAUAUACUCAGCUGUUACAUUAAGGUAACCCUUAUCACUACAUAGUGAUUGGAGAAGACGUUUGAAACCAAACAGGGAAGCGGAGAGGAUGUAAAUUGAGCCCUUCGUCUCUCUGAGUUAGUUAGCUCUGCAACCAGGAUACUUAAACAUUCAAACAAGGCUAUAGUUAUAGAUACUCUAUUCAGUUUGAUUUAAAUUAUCCCCUUUCAAUAGUUUCAGUCGUUCGCUUACUGGCUGCUUCUGUAAUAACUGCUGGGUUGCUAGCUAGCUAUUUCAAGUAACAGUGUAAAAAUUUAUAAAAGCACACAAACGAUUUGUUAAAGGCUUUACAUUUAUAGACAUCGCUUGGUUUGGAAUUCAGUAUCUUGUCCUUUUAAGUUUAAGUAUAUUAGGUCAUACUUACUUUUUUAUGUAUUGAGGUGACGGUCAUUUUCUUUUCAUUGAGGUUUUCUGUUGAUAGUAAUAAACUCGAAUCUUUCAAAAGCUGCUUUCUUAUGAAAUGUGUUUUAUGAUUUUUGUUGGUUGUUUUUGUUUUUUUCUUGCAACCAUUUUUAAAUGGGUUAUUUAUGUGAAACGCAUCCCAGCAUUUAAUAACCAAUCCAGACACAGAUAAUAACAUAAAUAGAAUGUUGAGAUAAGGUUUAAGUAGAUUAGAUCAGUUUCCCUCGAACUGAUUCUGGAACAAAAUAUUUGUGGGCAAUAAGCAUAACAAGUUUGCGAAGUGCUGAUUUAACAUAUACACGUAAUAUGUCUCCCGACCUUAAGUCAGUUUGUUGUACAUCAUGAUGCAUGAUUUUUAUCUGCUUGUCUCCAAGUCUUUCUCUCUUUAAAACAGCAACUUUAUUCCAUGUUUUGUAUUUUAUUUUUCUAUUUCAUCAUCUAGCUGCGACAUUAUUUAAAGGAGACAGAAAAUGAAAAACGAAAUUUGCACUUUGAUAUUGGCAAUGAUAAUGUGCUAUACGCAUGCCCAUUCCCAUAGCCUAAAGCUAAAUCUUACAGUGAAUUAUCAUGAGGAUGAAGAUUAUGAUCUAUACCAUUUAUCAGUCUUGUUCUAUAAAAACUCGUAUUUGACCAGGUAUGUAAGUUCUUUUAUUAUCAAAAGUAAUUUGGAUCCAUUAAAUAUCUCUAUUAUGUAAUCAUUUAAAAAGAAUCUGUAAUUUGGUAUAAUAUUACUUAAUUUUUUUUUUAAAUUACACCAUUAUGUAGUAUUCAAACUCAACUCUUUCUCUAAAUUAAAAAAAAAUAAAAUAAAGCACUGCAGUGUUUAUAAUGGACCCAUCAUUUUUAGAUUGACUCUGAACCCUUAAUCGGAACAUUUAGGAAGCCAAAAGUUCAAAGUCGGUUUUAUAUAGGCCUAUUACUUGAUCCUUUUCUCAGUUUGUUAACUUAAAACAAUGUUUUAAAACUGAAUUAAGCAUGAUCAAUGGUUGUUUUCUUUACAUAUGAAAAUAAUAGUACUUUUAGUAUGCAGUAACAGCGAACGAUAUUUUGUUUUUCAAUAUCAGAUUCAAGGAUUGUCUCUGUAAUAAAUCAUCAAGAAAAUGUAACCUGGACUUGUCGUCGAUGACACAUGAACGGUUUACAGUAGCUACAGUCGAAGGAAUAGAAGAGGAGAUGACAUUUUCUUGGUUACAAGACUGGUAUUUGAAUCAUUAUUUUUGUGAAUUUCAAAAGUUUUAUCCGCAAAAUGUUUUUUGCAGCAGACUAAAAAGUGAAUUUAAAACAGUAUUGUUACCAAAUCACUUUUAUACUGGUACAAGUAAUUGUGACUUGACCUGUGUUCAAAUAAGUUGGAAGAAUGCGCUAAAUGUAGAGCUAUCGAAUAAUGAUAUGUUUGUGGUGAACGGAGGCGAUUUAGCACCAGUGUGUCUUUCAACAACAUCAACUACUGUCAAAGCAACAAGAGCUACAGCAAAUGUCAAAUCUACAUCACAAAAAACAACAAUAAAGGUGAGCGCAUCUCCAGUGCAACAAAGUUCACAUAAAGAUAAUACUACAAACAUUUCAGAAAUCACAACAUCUGUUACCAAAAAGUUAGAUAGUCACAUUGAAGACAGUAACAAUACUUCUAUCGUUGUUGGGGUAGUUAUGGCGGUUGUGGUUAUCCUUGCCAUUGUUACCGGGGCAGUAGUUGUCUUUUAUCGUAGAAGACAACACACCAAGUCCAAUAACGACGCAAACGAUCACUCAAGGUCAGGCACAGAAACUAUCUCCAUUGCUCUGAAAUCUGUUAGAAACAAAAUUCAGUCACGCUUAAAAUUCAGCAAAGGCGACAGAAAAAACAUGAAUGGACAAAGAGACGAGGUAGAAUUAUCUCAUCAAAUGCAAGGCUAUAGCACUAUUGAUUAUACAAACCCUCAGAACUUACCAGAAGACAAUAUCGGAAUGGGUGAUCAAUCAAAUUUGAAUGAAACGAACAUGCAAAAUUAUGUUAAUUACCUUUCGGAUCCCUUCAACGGCAUCUAUAAUAAUUCACUAACAGAUUCCGAAUUCGCUUGCUCGGUCCUCGAAUAUUCCACGAUUGACCUUACACCACAAAACAACGGUCAAUUAAAAGGUGUAGACAAUAAUAAUACUUAUUCCAACUGUGGCAAGCCACCAACGUCACUCAAAGACCAAGAUCCCACAAAAAUCAUGCAAGACUCUUCAUCUCCUAACUACGAACUCGCCACUAGCAUAAAUCGUUCGGUAUCAGACAACAUUCGGGGGAAAACGGAAACGUUAGCAUCAAAUCCUCCGGUCGGUGAAUAUUCCAGGCUUGGUGAGAAAAGUCGAGAUAUUAAAAAUCCUUACAACACUCUUCCAGACACGGAUGAUAGUCGGACACUCGCAUUAGCUCAUCGGAGGAGCCGCCUUGAAAUCGAAGAGCCAAUCGCAAGUAAGUCCUCGGAUAAUGCUCUAACCAAGAUAUUCAGUUGUCACAAUGACUACAGUGAGGCUGUCUAUGAUGGCAAGAGCAGAGCUGAAUUCGGGCCGUCGGAAUACGAACUUGCAACAGAGUAAUGCCUAUCGACGUUAUCUGUCAGUGUAUGUUUCUAAUUGGUGACAAAUUGCGUGAAAUGCAACAAAAAUUAUGUCAGUAAUGUAUUCAGAAUCAACACAAUGCCGGCCACAGAAAAAUAGGAGUAAACAAUACUGAUCGAUCCAUUAUAUUUAGAUAUGUAACGAAACAGGGGCGUAGCUAGUGAUUUGGGGGCCCCCUCAACGAGGGGCCCGGGGGGACCUUCGAAUUUGGACCCCCUCCACCUCCCCUAGCUACGCCACUGUAACGAAAGUUGGGGAUGCCAAUGAUACGUCUCUUCGUGCUAGCGCUUGCCAUGAUGUGACACAGCCUUUGAAAGUUCGUUAUCGGUAGAGUAAGGGCAGAUGAACCGAGCUUAGUGCAAAGUGUAAACCACCUGCCGGAGGUCUUUCCACCCCAAGCCCCCUCCCCAAAAGCAGCCUGACGGUAGCUAGCCCCUCCCCUCCCCCCAUAACUGCGCAUUUCAAAUAACUGUGUGAUUCUCUCCCUCGGCCGGUUCUGUGCCACAGAAUGGGUGAAGAUUUUUUUUUGACAGCCAUGAAAUAUGCCCGAGAAUCAAGUUUGCAAUAUAUUCAAGGGAUAUCACAAAACAAAGUUGACGUGUUAUAUUUUUUUAAUAAGUUUCCUCCCUUAGUUAAAAUUUAAAAGCAUCACAAUUUCUAGUAAUUAUUACGCCCACUUGGUCAACUGAUCCUUAAAAUGACAUUUAGUGAUUACUGUCAAUGCAUGUAUUUCUUAUGAACGCAAGUGAUAUGACAGAGAUUCUUGCAAUCGUAUUGCACGUGUGGUUGAAUUUCAAUAGCAGUGGGUUUUAACAGGUCACAAGAACUGUUGGUUUGAACAAGUCAGUAAGAAGACAGACCUACAAAAUGGUCAGGGGUGUUUUAUACUGCAAUGAUGUUUCAUGUAUAUAAUAUUUUGUUUCAUGUAUAUAAUAUUUUAUGUCCAUUUCUUUACUUUAAAAAUCUUUCAACGAUAAUUACAAACUCCAAUGUAAAUUGUCGUCUAAUUUAAAUAGAAACCAUCUAUUGGAAACUAAGGAAUAGCCAUCGUGAGCAUGUAACGUUAUAGUAAAUAUAAUGUUAAAUAACUGUUUCCUAGUAAACUCUUUUCAAAUAUGUUUUAUGUACUUGCUUGGC